AUGUCUGUUAAAUUCGAUAAGGUGGUCACUCAUACGAGAGAGAUUGUGAAAGAUAAAGUGAAGGAUGAUUUGCACAGAGUGGGAAACAGGCUGACGGGAGGGAAGUCAACGACUGGAUACCUGGCGGCAUACCUGCAGCAACUCCAAUCCAAUCCUCUGCGGACUAAGAUGCUCACAUCUGGAACCUUAUUCGCGCUUCAAGAGUUCCUGGCUUCGUGGAUCGCGCAUGAUCGCAGCAAGCAUGGCCACUACCUAAACUCCAGAAUACCCAAGAUGGCGCUGUACGGCUCGUUCAUCGGCGCUCCCCUAGGCCAUGUCCUCAUUAGCAUCCUCCAAAGGCUGUUCUCCGGCCGCACCAGCUUGAAAGCUAAGAUCUUGCAGAUUCUCGUCAGCAACCUGAUCAUCUCCCCGAUCCAAAAUUGCGUUUACCUCGCUUCUAUGGCGAUUAUCGCUGGUGCGCGAACAUUCCACCAAGUUAAGGCCACCGUGAAGGCUGGCUUCAUGCCCGUCAUGAAAGUCAGCUGGGUCACCUCUCCGCUAUCCCUGGCAUUUGCCCAGAAAUUCCUUCCGCCACACACCUGGGUUCCAUUCUUCAACAUCAUCGGUUUCGUCAUCGGUACAUAUAUCAAUGCCCAUACCAAGAAGAAGAGACUGGAGGCUUUGAGACGUAAGCAUUAUGGAUCUGGGAAAAGUGCCUCGGGCCGGUCUGAUGACUACCCACCAAGACAUGAUUGA